AAAGCCCACUGUCACACACACACACACACACACAAGAAACACGCUGGGAGUUGAAGAAACCUGUCGAUAAGGAAAUCUCAGACGAAGAAUAAACCAAAAAGAUCAGAAUUUUGAACUAUUUGUGAGAAAAUUUUCGCUCAUUUUGAAUUAUUUAUUCACAUUCAUGGAGAUGUAUAAGUAUAGUAAUAUGGGACUGGAAGGCAGUGACAUCCACAUUGACAAGGAGCCAGAUGGUGUCACAAUGUACUCAAAUGGUGUCAACCAUGACACUAGUUAUGCAAAUGCUAAUCAGCAAGAUCUGCAGCAGCAGUCUGAGUUUAUUAAUAUGGCCCUGCAGCCUGACAAUACAUUGGAUGAGAAUUCUGAAGUGACGCACCAUGAGAUCCAGGAAUGUAAUAGAGAAAAGCCAACUGAGGCUCCAAAAGUCUGUCAAGUCGAGACAUAUGAGCAGCAGUUGCAGAGCGACAAUAGUGAAAUUAACUUGUCCAAGGAGGAUGAGACACAUGAAGGUCGAGAAUCAGUGAAGGACAAUAAGAACACACGAGCUUGUGACAAAAAGACUACCAGGGCUGCUGUUGGAAGCUGUAAAUCAAAAUGCACAGUUCCACAACCAUUUGCUCUGGCAACUGAAAAAAGAGCAUUAUAUGGAGAUAAACCAUCUAAUGUUCACAUUUUGCAACAUCAGACUUCUGCAAAGCAGAAUCCAACAGUCCCACCUAUUGUUCCAAGGAAGCCAUUGCAACCUGACAACAAGAAACACCCUGAUGAUGAUACUUGCUCAGUUGCCUCAUCAACUGCGGCUUCAAUAAGAAAGACCAAGGUAACUGUUGCAUCAGCCCCGGUGUUUAAGAGCAGUGAACGCGCCGAGAGAAGGAAGGAGUUCUACUCAAAAUUAGAGGAGAAACAUCAAGCAUUGGAGGCUGAGAAAACUCAAUCUGAGGCUAGGACAAAGGAAGAGACAGAAGCAGCAAUUAAGCAACUAAGGAAGAGUUUGUUAUUUAAGGCAAGCCCAAUGCCAAGCUUCUACCAUGAGGGACCGCCACCCAAGGUUGAAUUGAAAAAGCCACCUCCAACUCGUGCAAAAUCACCAAAGUUGGGCCGUCGAAAGAGCUGCACUGAUGCAAAAGGUUCAGGCCAGCAAAUCCAUGAAGCUCACCAGAGUUUUCUGAUUUUCAGAGACAGCUCCCCAACAAAUAGGAAAGUUAGGACCAAUACACAAAGCAGAACUGCUGCCUGCAAACCUAGAGGAGCGACCCUGCAAGGCAGAGAGACACAAGAGGCUUUUGCACCUAAGCUGAUUGGAGAGAAACGUGUGGACAUUAUUAUUCAUUCUUGAUGAACCCUUGUAAGUUAUCUAAUCGAUGCUGGAAAGAACUUAAUUUAUGUUGAGUGAUAAUAUAUUCUGGAUCUCGCCUUGGGACUGCUCCCUUUGGAUGCAUUCUUACACAGUAAACCCAUCGAGUGUUUUUUCUUUUUCUUUUCGGAUUAAUUUCCUGAAGUGUAAAGCCACAUGAGUGAAACAUGUCUAAAAACAUCCAUCCAGCUGUAAAUCACAUUCCUUUUAUUAUGAAAGUCACGCGUUUUUGUCUUACA